ACUCUGCGGAGUUCAAAACUAGAAAGAUAAAUCUGCAGUAUACCGAAGAGUACCGCCCGGUUAAUUAGCAAAGAAUUGCUUCAGCAUUCCCAUGGCUCGUGUAGCUUCCAACCCUGUAGGGCUCCAUAGAUUCUCACCAUUUUCUCAAACUCCACGAGCUGUUCAAUCGGUAAAAUCCUAUAUUGGUUUCCAGAACAAGGCCCGCAGAUUGCUAAGCGUUGCUUGCCAAACGACCCCUAAUCCAACUGAAACCUCCGAGAAGGAAGAGUUGCCUACUGACUCUGGCUCAGUCAAUGAAGAGAGCCCCAGUGAGGCUACAAACUCGUCUGCAGAUUCCGGCUUUCCGGAAUUUCCUAAUAAAAGUAUCAACAAGCAAAUAGCGGUGGUGUCAACUCUUGCCGCAGUGGGACUUUUCUUAUCCGCAAGGCUGGAUUUUGGUGUUUCUUUGAAGGACCUUGCUGCUGCUGCAUUACCUUAUGAAGAGGCUCUUUCAAACGGGAAGCCCACUGUGGUUGAGUUCUAUGCAGAUUGGUGUGAAGUAUGUCGAGAAUUAGCUCCUGAUGUGUACAAAGUUGAGCAGCAAUACAAAGAUCGAGUAAAUUUUGUCAUGCUGAAUGUCGACAACACAAGAUGGGAACAGGAGCUUGAUGAAUUUGGUGUUGAGGGAAUCCCACAUUUUGCUUUUCUCGACAAAGACGGAAAUGAAGAGGGCAAUGUAGUAGGCAGGCUUCCAAGGAAGUACUUGCUUGAGAAUGUGGAUGCCCUUUCUCAUGGAGAAGCUUCCGUACCUCAUGCCCGUGUCGUGGGACAGUAUUCAAGUGCUGAAGCCAGAAAAGUGCACCAAGUUGCUGAUCCCAGAAGUCAUGGAUAGAUGUUACCUUCUAUGGAGAAGCAACCAAAUAUAAAGGUGCUCAGUCUCCAACUUCUUUACAGUAUACUGAUCGUGUAUUUAACUGAAAGAAAUUGUAUCUUAAGAUGAAUAUUUAUCCUGGCUUUUCAGCUAGACUGAAAUCUUUUGAAAGGGAGAAACACAUAGAUAUUAUUAUCACAGAUGAAUUGUAAAAGUGGUUUAACUGCAAGAAAUUGUAUCUUAAGAUGAAUAUUUAUCCUGGCUUUUCAGCUAGACUGAAAUCUUUUGAAAGGGAGAAACACAUAGAUAUUAUUACCA